AUGACUUUCGAUGCAGAAAAGUUGAUCCAGGAGGUCAAAUGCCGAAAAGCAAUUUGGGAUAUGUCUUCUGACGAAUACAGCGAUCAAGAUUUAAAGAGAAGACAAUGGGAAGAAAUUACAAAUAUAAUGUGUGAGAAGAAUUUGUCAGAAAAUGAAAAAAACAUAUUCGGUAAAUCUUUAUUUAUUUAUUAAAGUGAAAUUAAUGUAAUCAAUUUAAUGAUAAUAUAAUUUGAAAAUAGGAAUGAAUUUAAAAUUUAAAAAAAAUAAUUCUGUAAUUUCUAUCCCGAUGCUACCCUGUCUUGCCAUUCUAGCGGAACUAAAAUAAUCAUAAAAUAAAUUUCUGUAUGCCAUUGAUGAUCGAAUUUCACUGCUUAAAGUACCUAUAGGGGGUGUUUCUAGUUCUGAAGGGACGUACAAUGUGUCUUGCACAAACAGCAUAUUUUAUAAUAGCGAUUACAAAUUAAUUUCGGACAUUCAUUGGGUAAUGAAAAUUCUCCAUUUAUUUGCCAGAAUUCCAAAAAAUUUAAUAAAACGCCUAGCUCCAGACAAUUGACCGUUAAAAAUCAAUUUUUUUUUUUUUUUUUUUUUGGUUAUACUCCUUUCUCUAUAAGGAAGCAUCACAUUUUCAGAUAAACCAAAUGUCUCGUUACCCACAGUUACAUAUGGCAUUAGUAUUCCAUUAAUUGAUGUGUGACUUUUCUCCAGUAUUCGCAAAGUUGUAUUAAUUAGUUUGCAUGCAAAAAAUAAUGGUUAAAAAUUAACGAAUCGCUAAAUUUCCCGUAUACUCCAACAUCUAUAUAAGUGAACUUAUAAUCUGCAUCAUGUUCGUGAAGUUGGCCCCCCACUUUAUUGUAUGAAAAAAAAAAUUUUGCAACUCAAUACUUUUGAUGUAUUUCAAUUUCUUCCGGUGGGGGCCAACUUCACGCAGCCUCCACAUAUUUACGUAUUGACUCCAAACAGGUGACAAAUUGUUGCGACUAAUUUGCAACGAAAUUUUGCGACUUGUCAAACUCAAGUUGUAACCGUAAACCUUCUAUACCAGUGCAUAAACGAAAUAUAUAUUUUAAUACUAUUAUGUUUUUAUAUUUAUCCGUAUUUUUUGGACGCUACAAGACAGCUUGAUGACAAUCAAUCAAUUUGUUUUCGAUAAUUAUAGAUUAUACCUUUAGUAAUAAAGUAAUAACUCAUUUUUUCACAAAAAUAAUAUUUCUCAUUUCGAAAUUAUAUAUUUUUAACGAUUAAAACGUUUAUAUUAUUCUAAAUUCUAAUAAAAAUUGUAGAUUGUAGAAUCUAGUAUAAAUUGACAAAAAGAUUGUAUAUCAAUUAAUAAAAUUAAAACAAUUUUAUUCUUUUUUAUCCAGAUAAAUAGUGUUUUAUCUUUUAUCUCUAUCUAGAUACAUUUUUAAUUAUUUUUGCGCAACACUGCUUAUAACUAUUUAAACCUAUUUAAAACUAUUUACUAUUUAUAUACUAAUUAAAUAAGCAUUUUCUUACCUUCCCAACUUCUUACCAAUAACUGUGACCAACCCAUUGUGUGAAGUAUGUCCGUGUUUUUUAAGUAUAAAAUCGAAUCAAACUAAUGGCACUUGUACAAAUUAAAAAAAAAAAAAAAAAAAAAGAACUGAUAUUGGAGAUGGAUGCGGCCAUUGCUAGAUAAGUAGUUAAGAAGUUAGGAUACAAAAAAUGAUUUAGUUUAUAUUUGUACUCAACUAUAAACCGUUACUAACGAUAAACUAUUAGGAGAGAGUUCAAUAAGACAUAUUUUUAAAUGCCGUUCUCCCGGAAAAAGUAUUUAUUUGCUAAUUUUAAUUAUUAAAAAUAUAUAAUUUCGAAAUAAGAAAAAUUAUUUUUGUAAAAAAAUUAAUUAUUACUUUAUUACUAAAUGUAUAAUCUAAAAUUAUCGAUACAAACUAAUAGAUUGAGCGUCAUUCAGCUGUCUUGAAACGUCAAAAAAAUACGGGGAAAAUGUAAAAAAACAUAAUAAUAUUAAAAUAUAUAUUUCGUACAUGCACCGGUAUUUCUAUACCGAAGGUUUAUCGCUACAACUUAAUUUUGAAAAGUUGUAAAAUUUCAUUGCAAAUUAGACGCAAUAUUUUGGCACCGGUUUGAAGUCUAUACGGCAAUGUGGGGGGGCAGCCUCUUAGACUAUAGUUUUUCAAUAUUAUAAAUACACUCUAUCGGAUCAUAUUCACAGAAACGAUUACAUUUGGUAAGUUGUUGACCAGCAUUUGUUUUAGUAUCAAUUGUCAUUAUUGUGGACUUCACAAGGCACCCAUUACUCGUUUAGUCGUGUAUGUUAAUUUUAAAAAUAUGAAUGGUACAAGUUUCUUUUAGUUAUGGUAAUUGAACAAUUAAGUGGGUUGGGUAGGAUGAGUAGCUUUUGAUGGAAAUUAUAUUCAAAAAGGCCACAUGAAAAAUUAUAUAAACAUCUUAGGUCGCCAACACACAAAGGUUGAGAACCAUUGCAGUGAAAUAUCUGAAAUAAAUAAUUAUUUUUCAGGUAAAUCUCUACAGCGAAAAUGGAAGAAAAUCAGAAGACGUUUUAGCAAGGAAUUGAAAUGUUUAGCAGGUGCUAAAAGUGGAUUUGCAGCUUCACGUAAAAGCUCUUAUAUUUUUUUCCAACAACUACAGUUUCUUCGGAAAACAGCGGUAAGCAAUAGAACUCAAGCUAGUAUUAAUGAAGCAGGCGUUCUUGGAGGUAACGAAGACCUUCAUCUUCAAAUUCGUUCACUAGUUGUUCAAAAAAAAAAGAAAAAGGACAAUGAAAAUUUGGUUGAAGUACCGAAAGAAAGUAUCCCAGCAAGAGAAGAUUAUGAAAGGAACCGAGAAUCUGAUUCAGAUCGAUUAUUUUUGCUUUCAUUGCUGGAUGAUUUCAAAAAAAUUCCAGAUCAUCAUAGGCUUUCUACGAAAAUUGAACUUAUGAAUGUAAUAAAAAAGGCACAAAAUACGAUGACAAGAGAAACUCAAGGCUAUUCUCAGAAUGUUCCAGAAAUGUUAACUGCUGGCUCAUAUGGCUUUAGAUAUGGAUCAGAAGUCUCAAACAAUAUCACUAUGGAUAAUGGCCAAUAUCACUAUAGAUGCCUAUCACAAACAAAUUAUGGACUAGGAGUUUAUGGACCAGGCACCUCGACCUCGAAUGGUAGACAAUAUCCAAACUCAAUACAACAAAAUCAUGGACAAAGUCCAGGAACAUCCAGCAGUGGGCAAAAUUCUCGUGUACAUUCCACACCUUUUUCAGAUAUGCAGAACGGCUUUAUGAUAAAUUAUGAUGAUACUUUAUCAGCUACUUACUCAGAUAUAUCAACUGUAUCUCAAUCAUCUGAUGUAAUUGAACUUUUUGAUGAAUAA